AUGGAUCGCCCUCAGAGCUCCCCGAUCCUUGCGCAAUUGCGUGGCGCAAAGACCUUUCGCGAACAAACAGCUGCACUCCAGGCGCUCAAGAACGAAAUCGUGGGACAUGUUCAGAGAAAGGAAGAAUGGGUGUCUGUGGGUGUGUUGGAGCCCAUCGUGAGGUCUUUGGCUUUGACCAGAGCUCCUCUCAAGACGAAUGGCAAAGAUACACGACAGUUGGCCACAAUGCGCCCGCUCUCGGAGGAAGAUAGCGUCAAGCUUCAAGCUCUACAACUCGUGAGCAGCUUUGCUACUGGUGGCCCUGCUUUCUUGCCGCCUCUUGACGCCGCCAUGGCACUCCCCGCGAUCCUGAACAACAUCUCACCCGCUUCCACCCCAAUACAGAUCAUCGCUGCUGCUCUUAAAGCCCUAACAACGAUUGCUGAUGCAGCCUUACUAGCAUCGCCGACUUGCAGCUUCAACAUCGAGGUCAUUGCCGAUCACGUCUUCACACCACAGCACAUUGAAUCGCUCAGCAUCAUUUCAGCUUCAUCAUCUGCCUCGGGAUUGACUCCGCCCGUCACCACGCAAAAUACUCUCGCUCUUGGAAUAAUAUGUCGUCUGUGCCGACAAGAGCGCCACCAACAGGCCCUCGCAGCUGGCGGUGUGCUGGACUUGCUGGCUACGCAACUCGCUAGCAUUGCUGUCCGUGAUGGCUUCGUUGUACCUGGCGCGGAGGAGUCGGCAAGCAGAGACACAAUUUCCAAGGCAUUUCCUGCAGCAGCGAAGAAGAGUGCCAAGAUUGGACCGGUUCUAGAGGCUAUUAGUGCUAUUAUCGGGGACUCCAAGUAUCGAGCGACUCGCCUGAUCAACUCACCUUCCAUUUUAGCCGUCUUCCCUUCAAUAGAGGCACGUCACUUUCCUCAGGUCGGGAUUGGCAGGAACCAAGAUUCGGAAAAUUCUGGGGAACUCUUCAGACCCAAAUGGCUGACAGCCAUGGAAUACCUUCUUCCGGCUGUUGUCAUUCCGCAGACACGAAGCGGCACAUCUACGCCGUACUCCCAUCCAGACUACAUCGACACAAAGAGCGGUCGCAGAGGAAAAUCCGGCCUUGCGCUGACAGAUGCUGCUCGUUUCCAUGUUCCCGGCCACAACGGAUCGUAUCCGACCUCAGAUAUUGAAAGUCCGCUCAUCCCCUGGCUCAUCUAUCUAGUGAGAUCGCUGGGUGAAGUCGAACGUCUCACGGCUCUGUCUGUUCUUGCUUCGCUCUUUAGAGCUGGUCUCUGUAUGACAAUUGCACGAGAGACAACCUUGGCUUUGUUGGUGGUACCGAUACUCAUCCACAGUAUUGAGAAAAAUGAUAAGGAAAGCAAGGACAGUGAGGACCUGGAGGAUGUUGACAAUGUCAAAACUGUGACAAGACAUUAUGUGCUAGAGCGGGCCCCUGUCAUACUUGCACGUCUCAUCACCGACUGCGAGUUCUUACAGAAGGCGGCUUUCGACUGCGACGCCGUCAAAGUACUCGCGAAACUGCUCAAAAACACCUACCGGCCGCUGCCAGCCAUUCAACCUCAGUACUGGUCAUUGAACGCCGAUGACGGUAUGGAAGUAGAGGGCAUAUCGCCUAUGUAUCGACUCGGUGACAACGGCAUCCAUCCUGUGAUGGCUCAUCGCAUUCGAACCCGCGAAGCCGCACUAAAAGCAAUUGGGGCGAUUGCCGCGUGCGAGGAGAAUUACAGGAAAGCACUGGUGCUCGAGGACUUUGUACCAUACGUGGUAGAGUCACUCAACGAAUUUCCCGGCAAGCCUCGACAACUCAAAGAUCACAAGGACAAAAACGCAGCGGAGCCGGCCCGUACUAGCCCCGAUCCCGAUUAUGGUACCAACCCCAUCGGAGUCAUUGUUGCGGCAUGCUUCGUGGCGAGGAUGUUGUCGAGGUCUGUCCACACGUCCCGAACCGCACUGAUUGACCACAACAUUGCGGCGCCCAUUCUCAGUGCUAUGAAGCACUCGGAUGUCAACUUGCAAAUUGCCGCGACUGCAACUGUAGCCAAUUUGGUUGUUUCUGUCAGCCCAUCAAAAGAGUAUCUUACAGAGCAUGGAGUCAUGAGGUUGCUCUGCGAGCAUGCGCAUUCCUUCAACCCUGCGCUUCGACUCAAUGCUCUUUGGGCCCUAAAGCAUUUCGUCGAUGGAGUUUCGGCCCAUCUGAGGAAGACAUGCUUGGAGCUGCUAGAGCCAGGCUGGCUGAUUCGGCUGAUAAGCGACGAAGACCAGGACGAGGGCCUGUACACCUCGAGAAUGGUAGAUGACUUGGAUGAGGAGAUGGACAGCGAGCAGCUUGACGGCGCGCCACGCUGGCUGUACGCAGCUGAGGGGGCAAUUUGUUCCGUCGAUGCUUCAGAAUCUUCCAGGCUUCGUCAAAUCGAGGACUACUUAUCCUCUAUUCGGGAGUCUGAAAGCAAUCCACUCCCGCGGACGCGCAACGAUAUCGUAGCAGUCCAGGAGCAAGGCGUCGACUUUAUUCGAAACCUGAUAGGCCGAGUCGAUGGUGGCGUUGGAGCAGACCCGUCCGCUGCCAACCCCGAGGUUAUCGACUAUCUAUUCAAGGCACUAGGGCAAGACCGUCUGUUCGAGAUACUCGCCGCAAAACUACGCGCCAAGAUCCUGCAUCCAUUCGCGCGAAAAGCGAGCAGUUCAGGGCGCGAGACCAAGAUUGUGCACCCCAACGCGCGCAUCGUCACUGUUGUCAUAUAUAUCUUGACGCACAUUGCGGCAACCGGCCCGCGCUACUGCCAACUCGUCAUUUCGCAGACGGAGCUGCUCAAGCUCCUAGCUCAGCAAGCUAAUAACAAGGAUUGCGAAGUACGCCUAGCGCUGUGCCGCCUGCUCUACAAUCUGACGACGAAGGACAAUGGGGCGGAAUCGCAAGCCUGUGCGCAGCGGGCGGCAGAACUCAAGCGCCUCGGAUUCGCUACCAAGAUAGAGACUCUGAUGAAGCAAGACAGAGACCUCAAUGUCCGAGAGAAUGCUAGGAUGGCCGCUUGGUUAAUCGACAAUCCGGCCUCCUAG